CAACAACUCAGCAUCCACUCGACUCUUAUUGUUGUUCCAACUUGUAUAGGUUUGCGAGGCACUGGUGUCUAAGAUCCUAGCACGAGGACCUGGUAACGUUACGGCCUAGAGAAUUGGAACGAAACAAUAAAGAACAGCUCACCAUCCAUUUCCCAAAGUCACCCGUGCAUUCCCCCUUCUCUCAUCACUUUGCAACCGCCAUAAGCAAGUUUCAUUGGUGAUAUUAAUCAUCGCUUCGUCCAAUCGACCGUAUCUUAGCAUCAAACAUGGGAGAAGAGGAGGAUCAAUAUGAGGGACCAUCCUUCGACCUGAACAAUAUCCCAUUCAACGUUUCAGAAAACUAUGAUGUGCACAGUAUAGUCGGAGAAGGAGCUUAUGGAGUCGUUGUUGGUGCAGUGCACAUAGCCAGCGACACCAAAGUUGCCAUCAAGCGGAUCACUCCGUUCGACCAUGCCAUGUUCUGUCAGAGAACGUUGCGGGAGAUCAGGCUCCUGAGGCAUUUCAGACACGAGAACAUCAUUUCUAUCCUCGAUAUAAUCCCUCCCAUGUCCUACGAGUCAUUCACAGAAGUCUACCUAGUCCAGGAGCUGAUGGAGACGGACUUGCAUCGUGUGAUUCGGACACAGGAGCUUUCCGAUGACCACUGCCAAUACUUCAUCUAUCAGACCAUCCGAGGUCUGAAAGCCUUACAUACUGCCGAUGUUUUGCACCGUGACCUGAAGCCCUCAAACUUGCUCCUGAAUGCCAAUUGUGACCUGAAAAUCUGCGAUUUUGGUCUCGCUCGUUCAGCCGCUGCGCCGGUCAGAGAUGGGAACGGCGGAAAUGGAUUCAUGACUGAAUACGUGGCCACCAGAUGGUAUCGUGCUCCCGAGGUCAUGCUGUCUUUUCAAGAAUACACUAAGGCCAUCGACAUGUGGUCUGUUGGCUGCAUUCUCGCUGAAAUGAUCAACGGCAAGCCCUUAUUCCCUGGUACUGAUUAUCACGACCAACUCGCCCUGAUACUGGAUGUCGUGGGCACACCAACGAUGGAUGACUUCAACGAGAUCACCUCUGACAAGUCAAAAGAUUAUCUGCGGAGUCUGCCAUUCACUCGACGCCGUAAUUUGGCAUUACUAUGUCCCAAGGCAAAGCCAUACGCCUUGGACCUCAUGAAGAAGACCUUGACGUUCUCACCCACGAAACGCUGGACCGUGGAAGAGGCCUUGAACCAUCCUUAUUUGGAACCAUACCACGACCCCAAUGACGAGCCUGGCGCUCCUCCCCUAGCCUAUGACUUUUUCAACUUUGACGACCGGGCCGACCAGCUCGAUAGGCAUAUGCUGAAGCGUUUGAUCUACGCCGAAGUCUUGAAGCCGCUGUACGAUUCAAAUGGUCAGGCCUAUUAGCGGCCGGGGAGUGUGUAUAUGACAUGUCUAGUGAAGAUCAUGAGCAUGAAUGUACAUGCCACACCUUCAUAUCGGCGCCCUUGUGAACUUGGACAUGGAUCCUUCUGGGGCUGGGAAG